GACGCAUUUGGAUGACGACAACAAUAUGACGUUUGCCAGACCGUCAGGGCGAUGUCGCCUCUGUUUACCAUCCACCAGCUGCUGGGAUGAAUAACAUCUGGACGCACAACCGAGCGACGCGUUCCACGCGACAUUAGACUGAGUAACGGAAACAUGGAGAGCCAGCCAUCCGUGUUGAGGGAAUUCUGCCCACUCCAGCACCUGCUGAACGCCAUCCCAGCCAAAGUUCAGCGGGGAUUCCGCUCAGUGGUGGUCUAUCUGACGGCGGUAGACAGCAGCCGCGACUUUGUGGCGGUGGGCAGCAGCAUCGGCAUGUUGUAUCUCUACUGCCGCCGCCUGGCUCACAUGAACAAGUACAGCCUGGAGGGAAAGUGCGACGCCAUCACGGCCGUGAAGCUGCUGAGUUGCUUCGACGACCUGGUCGCCGUGGGAACGGCCUCAGGCCGAGUGGCCGUCUUCCAGUUGGUGUCACCGUUGCCGGGACGCAACAAGCAGCUGCGGCGCUUCGAUGUGGUGGGCCUCCACAAAGGCACGGUGACGUCUUUGGCGUGGAGCACCAACGGCAUGAAACUUUUCUCUGGGGACGACAAAGGCCGCGUGGUCUUCUCCGCUCUGGACCUCGAUCAGGGCACAUGCACGCCAGUGCUCUUGUUGGAGGAACCGGGUGGCGUCGUGCAGCUGGACUACAGUCACCAGGUUCUCCUGGUGUCUACGCAGCAACGCUCGCUGCUAUACUGCAUGCACACGCAGCAGAUCCAGCAGCUCGGUGCCAAACCCAGGAAGAGUAGUGGAAGGUUCGGGGCCUGCUUUCUGCCGGCUCUUUGCAAGCAGAGUGACCUUCAAGUGUUCGCAGCCCGACCGGGACUUCGACUGUGGAGAUCGGAUGUGUCGGGUCAUGUGGUGGACACCAGACUGCUCAAAGCGUUCUUCAACACUCCGAUUCCCCACUUUGAGAUCUUCCCCCGCCCUUGUCAUGUAGGGGCGUACCGUCCGUCCGAGCGUCAGCUGGGUCUGCUCAGCUGCUUCCUCAAGGAAGGUUGGAUCCUCAGCUGGAACGAAUACAGCGUCUACGUGAUGGACUGCAUCAACCAGGUGCUGGUCGGCGCCUUGGAGAGCAGCGGGGACAUAGUGUCGCUGUCUUGCUGUGACAACGAGAUCUUCGUCCUGAAGGGAGACAGAGAUCUCAUUCGACUGUCGGACAGUCCGGAGGGCGUCUCGCAUUCACCGUCCCACUACCCUGUGCGUCUGUCGUCGCCAUUGACGCCGCAAGCCAACGCGGCCACGCCCACGGGUUGGGUGGAGACGGCUCAGCCGAUCAGGACGGUGGCCAUCAUUGUGGAGGGGGACGGGAGCCUCGCUGAGGAAGAGGAGGAAGCUGAAGAAGCGCAGGAGAAGGAGGAGGGCGCCGACGUCCCGAGCAACUCCUCGCGUAGCCGCAGCAGCUCAGUCACUUCUUGGGACAGUUUCCACGGAAACAAUGCCGACUCCCGCCGCUACAGCGCCCCCCUGGGGCAGGAGGAGGUGUGGCAGGAGCUGGUGGUGAAAGCCGUCAAGGUGAAGAAGAAGAAGAGGCAACGACAAGACAGCGGCGGUGGCAAUCGCCUGUCCGAGAGCAGGUGCUCCGAGUCCAUGUUUGUAAUCCAGGACGGCAGCUGUUCUGACGGCGGCGGUGGGCCCUCCCUCCGGGAUCUGGAACUUCCAAAACAGGACUCUCCAAUGGAGACCGGGAACAGAACUGAGAAGGAGGAUGAAACUCAGGAGGAGGAUUCCAGCUGCUUGCCCUCGCAGAAGGAGACGGUGGUCCUCACCCCCAACGUGGACAUGUUGCUGGAGUGCACCUUCUCCUACUUGCAGCGUGAAGGACAGGAGCGGCAGCCCACCGACGAACAGGAUGAGAAUUUCCUCAGUCCCGCCAUGCAAGCGGAGGUUCAACAGGAGGACGACUCUGUGCCACCCGCCGAUGUGAUGGACCAGACCGGAAAUUCCGGACUCCCCGGCAAGAAGCCGAGCAUGUCCAGCGAUGACGAGGAGGGUGACAUCUACCGCCACAGUCUUCCCGGCGCCAAUGCGGAACACGGCGGCGCUGCUAAAAGUCAAACGGCUGAUGAAGUGCUGCAGUGGAACGCUCGGAACGGACCUGAAUGCAAAGCUGAGCAGCUGGCAGAAAGCUGGAUGGGGUAUUCUGGACCCUCAUGUGGAAUACUGAGUCUUCACGUGACUGACAGGUACGUGUGGUGUUUGGACUUCAAGGGCGGACUCUACUGCAGCCUUCUGCCUGGAAGCAGCCUCCAGUGGCAGCGCUUUGAGGACAACAUUCACCAGGUGGCGCUCUCUCCCUCAGGUCACCUGUUGUGGAAGGUGGAGCAGAAGAGCAUGACGGCAUACGCCUGCGCCAAAGUCUCGGCGCAGGGCAAGCGUCACUGGUACAAGGCGGCCAAGCAGACGGCCUACGUGGCCCUCGGCGAUGACUCGGCCUGGAUCGUGGGGACCAACGGGGACCUGUACCUCCAGACGGGCCUGAGUGUGGACCGGCCGUGCGCCCGCUCCGUGAAGGUGGACGUGCCAUGCGUGUUCAGUCAGGUGUGCGCGCGGGGGGGCGUGGUCUGGGCCCUGAGCGAGCACAACGCUCUAUUCUACAGGGAAGGGCUCGACAGCUUCUGCGGCCUGGGUGACGCCUGGAAGUACGACACCGUCAGCGAGGCUCAGGGCGUGGAGCUCAUGUGCAUCACGCUGGGCGAAGGCGGCACGGCCUGGGCGCUGGACAUCAAUGGGAGACUCUACUUCAGGACGGGUGUUUCCUCGCAGCGGCCGCAGGGCGACGACGACCACUGGUGGCAGGUCAGCAUUUCCGACUAUGUGGUCUUCGAUCAAGGCAGCUUGUUCCAGACGCUCCUGAGCGCCACGCAAAGUGUCGCCACGGUAACAAAGGCACCGGUGGAGCGGGUGGUGGCCUUUCUGUCUCAGUACUCGCAGCGUCAGCCCAGCCUGGUCAGCGCCAACGCGGGCGGCGUCUGGGUGGCAUCUGGACGCAACCGGUUGCACUUGGCGCGCGGCGGCCUGGUGGGAACUUUUUGGCAGAACCUCGUGCCCAGAGGGACUGUGGCGGCCACCAGGUGGAGCUCCAUUACCUCCUCAGCCCUGCCCCACAAAGACGGUGCCUUCCUGUGGUUGGCUCAGAGCAAGAAGGAUCUGUUCUGCGUGUGGGACCAGGACGGAGAACUUCGCCCGUCCACGGUCACGCUGCCACCGGAGGUGGAGCUGACCCAGCUGUCGGCUUGCCACGACGCCCUCUGGGGACUGGACGUCCACGGCCGGGUCUUCAUCCGCACCCUGUCUUUGUCGUGUCCCACCGGUCUCCACUGGACCUCGCUGGACCUCAAUCAGCUCGGAUGUGUACGUUUGGUGAGCAUCAGCUGCGGCAGCCAGAACGUUUGGGCUCUCGACAGUCGAGGACUGGUCUACUUCCGCGUUGGAACCCAACCGCUGAACCCUAACAUGAUGCUUCCUGCUUGGAUACACAUAGAACCCCCUGUCCAGCCCGUUGGAGUCCAGCUCGUCAGUAUCGAAACAAGUCCAAACGACUGCCAUCUGUGGGCCGUGGACAAUAGAGGUGCCGUCUUUGUUCGGAUGGGACUCAGCGAUGAGAUGCCUGUAGGGACAGAUUGGGACCUAGUGCCAGGUCUGAGCGUCAAUCAGCUGGUUCUCAGUUGUCGGACCGUUUGGGUCCGAUGUGUCAAUGGAGACUUGGCUCGACGUUACGGUGUCUCUGAUAGAAACCCGGCUGGGGACUACUGGAAGAAGAUACCAGGAAACGCCAACUGGUUGACUGUCACUCCUGACGACGACCUGUGGGCGGUGACUGGGAUUGGCGGACUGGCCCGCCGGAUGACAAAGCGCCUUCCACAAACGUCCCGGCGUCCCACGCCUUCCGGCGGCGACGAUGUUGACGACGAGUGGGAACUCCUCUGAUCUCGUCCGGCGUGGACUUGUGUAAGAUAAUUGUCACUUUUUUCCAACACCUUCUGGAAUGACACUGACCUGGCGGCUGGCAUUAUUUCCUAGCAAGUGUGAUGUUCCUUCACAUUACAAGGAUGAACUUUAAGGCCAAGCAAUGGCUUGAACUUGCUCAAACUAUUUACAAACUGGUCCGACGGAUGUCAAAGAUGGCCUCUGAUCAACUGUACGUGUAGUACUGUACAACUAAGACAAGUAUGACGCCCAGAUUGUGUUUUGAAGGGCUGUAAGUGAUGGUGGAAAAACUAGUGGGAACAGGAACUAAUCCCUCACUCACCUCUGGUGGAUUUAGAUUCUCGCAGAAGCUCUUGACACCAGUGAAUGGAUGGACACAAAUGAUAUUUAGUGCCACUGGGUUCGAGAACUAAGGGGGAUAAGGAAUCUUCCACCUUAUGAUAUUCCCUGUGAUGAACUCCAUACACACUCGACAGAUUUGAUUUUGGUACUCACUGGGACUCAGACAUAUACCCUGGACUUCAGUCAAUUGUGAAGGCCAAGUCAAGUUUAUUUAUAUAGCCCUAAAUCACAGAAACGUCUCCUGCAGUUGACAAAUAUUAUUGACACGCUCUAAUCUUAACCCCCAGGAGGGCAAGGAUGUCCGUUGGUUGCUUGGAGAAACUACUGAGUCCAGCUUCAGUUGAGUGGCCUUCAUUUUAUUACGCAAUCAAAACACAAAAAUAUACAUGGACUCAUUGUCCAAACUGAAGGAUCUGAACUAUUUACCUUGUCACAAACACCACAGUAUGUUUUCACAGUAACGGAAUAUCUAGUCUAGCUCAUCAGGUGGCUACUGGGAAGCAGGUAGCUGGCUCAUUAGACCAGGGACAGACUAAGUUAAAGUCGUCACAUCCUGAAGCGAUAGUAAUUGGCAGGGCCAGACCGGUCAACCAACCAAAUAUGUCCUGUGGACACAUCCGCUGAAAUGACUAACCAGUCUGGUGAACUUUGAUAUUUUCUGGCUGACUUGACAGACUUGACUCUUAAGUUGCACUUUACUGUACUGUGUGUUGAUUGGUUGGAAACUCACCCAUGAACAUAUUAAACACGAAGCUGCUGA